UCCCUAACAUCCCUAAGGUUGUAUCAGAGUGAAUCCUGCUUCAUCAGUUCACCUCUAACAGUGAUAAUUAUGGAUGAUGAAGACAAAUAUUUAUUGAAAUUUAAAGGGUAUAAUUUUGAACGUUCUUUGGUUGAUAUUGACUUUCUAGAAAAUCUAGAUAACUUUGAAAUUAGAGAUGAUGAUGUCUUCAUCAUUACAUACCCCAAAUCUGGUACCAUCUGGACUCAGCAGAUAUUAAGCUUGAUUUACUAUGAGGGACAUCGUAACAGAACUGAACUUGUGGAAACAGUUGACAGAAGCCCCUUCCUGGAAUACAAUCUGCACAAAAUAGACUAUGAGAAGAGACCAUCCCCUCGCCUCUUUGCUUCCCACAUCCCGUACUAUUUAGCACCAAAAGGUCUCAAGAACAAAAAAGCUAAAGUAAUUUACGUCUACAGAAACCCCAAGGAUGUUUUGACCUCGUAUUUUCAUUUUUCUAAUUUGUUGAUUACAUUAGAAGCUUCAAAUAACAUAGGAGAUUUCAUGGAAAGAUUUCUAGAUGGAAAAGUGGUAGGAAGCUUUUGGGUUGAUCACAUCAGAGGCUGGUAUGAGCAUAGACAUGACUUCAAUAUUCUGUUCAUGAUGUAUGAGGAGAUGAAGAAGGAUCUCAGAAGUUCUGUGCUUAAAAUCAGCAGUUUUCUUGAGAAAGAACUGAGUGAAGAGGAUCUGGAUGCUAUUGUGAAUCAGGCUGCAUUUAAGAAUAUGAAAGUUGAUCCUCAAGCUAAUUAUGAUAGCAUUCUGCAAAAUGAAAUCGGGAUGAGAACAAACAAGGGACAAUUCCUGCGCAAAGGUACUGUUGGAGACUGGAAACAUCACUUGACCGUGGAGCAAAAUGAGCGAUUUGACAGAGUAUUCCAAAGGAAGAUGAAAGAUUUUCCCUUGAAGUUCAUCUGGGAAAUAGAUGAGGAGUAGAAUCAGUGGAAAAAUAUAAUACUACUGUAAAAAUCUAACAACUGGAAAGCAUAUUUUAAUAUACACAUUAAUUUGUGCUUCUCAUACAAAUGUUAAUUAUAAAACUUUAUUAAUUGACAAAAUCAGUAAACUCUGCUUAGAUUCAUUUCCAUGCCUUUAAUGAAGCUUUGACAUUUCACCAAUUAUAAUGAUUUGGAUAAUCUGCAGUGUUAGCCUUUAUGAUAAAGUGAAAGAAAGAAAGCAUGCAACAUGAAUAGUUUGAGAGUGUUUUCCAUAGCAGGCAUUCAUUAUUUAUCUAUAAUUUUCAAAUUGAAAUUUGAUAAUUUGGCUUUGAAUCAAUGUGACUAAUGAGUAAAUAAAGAAAUCACAUGCAUCUGAGAAGCAGAUUCAUCUAUUUAAUGAUUUACCAAUUCACAAAGUUUAUACUAAGGAGUUAAGUUUCAAAGGUAGAUUGAUCAUCUAAUAGUCUAAUUAUUUAACUAUUUGGAUGGAAAGAAAUAUUUGUAUCUAUAUGACUCACUAAAGUAAUACUAUGUGUAUCUAAGAGUUGCAUAUUUAGAAUAAAAUUACUUUGAACAAGA